UGUGACCCAGUAUGACCUGUGGAGAUUGCGCAAUGAGUCCGGCCUGCUUGCAUGGAAGGCGAAGGAGCUCAAGGAACUCUCUGCUCUCAUACAACACCGAUUCCACGUAUUACAGAAUCCCGCUGAUUGUAAAACCGCCAAGAAAAUCAUCUGUAACAUCCCUGUUGAUACCAAGAGUCGAGGAAUAGGCAGUCAACUUCACCACCUGAGCUACUGCUUCCUCGCCUCCUACGGGCAGCAGAGGACGCUCAUCAUUAACAGCGGAAGUGCGAAAGGGACGGGCCUGGCCAUGGACGCCUACUAUCUCCCUCUCAGCGAAACCUGUGUUCAUGCAAAUGGGACAGCGGCCAGGUGGCCAGGCAAAGCUGGCUCUCUCAUCGUACAAUUCCCUAACGGGGACAAUAUCACCCCGCGGCACCCUUACUUUCCGAAGUCCGUCCCAAAGGACAUUGGUCGGCGCCUCGUGAACGCCAACGCCGACCCUUUCGCCUGGUGGAUGGGGCAGUUCUUCAGGUACGCCAUGAGGACGGCCAGCGGGUUCCGGGACCACGUGGAGAAGCUUCGCGCUCGCCUGGGCUUCGAGAGCCCUAUUGUCGGGGUACAAGUCAGAAGGACAGACAAGGUGAUUCGUGAAGCUAAACUGAUCGAGCUAGAAAAGUACAUGGAGGCCGCGGAGGACUUUUUCGACGACCUAGAGAUUCGGGGAACGAAUGUGACCAGACGGAGGAUCUACCUGGCCACAGACGACCCGAACGUCGUGCUGGAGGCGAGGAAGAAGUAUCCCAACUACAAAAUCGUGUGUAACGAGGAGAGUGUGUCCACCGCCAACAUGAAGACCAGGAAAAGCGAAACCAACAUGAAGAAUUUCCUGACUGAUGUCUUCUUCCUCUACCACUCGGACUACCUUGUGUGCAGCUUGUCUUCCAAUAUAUGCAGGUUGGCCUACGAGCUUUUGCAGACCCUCCGGCCAGACGCGCCACGACGCAUUUUCUCCGUCGACUCGAGCUAUUGGUUCCACUACGAGGUCGGCAACGUGGUGAGGGCCAGGUACCCCCACACUCCCCGGAGGCCCAGUGAACUCGAGUUCCAGAAGGGAGAUCGGUUGACGGUGAUUUUCAAGUACUACAGGAAGAAUAUCAACCACCAGGACGGCUUUCUAUACGGACAGAACCAAGACACAGGACAAUUCGGCCUGUAUCCCAUAUAUAAAACGGUCGAGAUCACGCGGAAUGCUGACAUUCCUUCCUUCGAGCACAUUGACAAGAAGAAAAAAUAAAUAGAUUUUGUUUGAGUGGAAGAGGCAGACGGUUAAGAGACACGGACAAUACAUAAACACACAAGAUUACGACAAUUUGAAAGACAGAGAAGUGGAUAGAGAGAGAGAAUGGGAGUAAUUGAAAUGAACUUUUUGUGUGUCAAGUAAAUUGUGUACUAAAUUUUCAUCCUUGGCAUUAUUCGAAUUACUUGUUUGUGUUUUCCUCUGUCGAUAUAAUUAGUAUCCGCAAUUGUUUAUUCUCAUAAAUAUUAAUUCUCAUUACUUGUAUUAUAAAUAUUAUCAUAUCAGUAUUAUGGUCACUUCAGCAAUUAAAUAAUUUAAUUUAUAAAAGGGAUUUAUUACUUAGGACAUGGGGAAAAAGGGAACAAAAAAAAAUACACAGGAUGUAUAAAAAAGACUUUGGCGAAGUUGGUUCUUAUAAUUUUCUUUUGAGUAUAAUAACAGUAGGAGGAAUAAAAUUUUAAAAUAAAAAGAGACAAAGAAGAAGAAAAAAGAAAUACUAAUGUUAAUUAAAGAAACUGGAAUGGAACGGAAUGGGUAUUAAAAUAGGGGACGAACGCCUAAACAACCAAAGAUUUGCAGACGGUGUUCUCUUUAGCGAGUCUGCAAAUGAACUGCAA